GAGGGAGAGAGAGAGAGAGAGCGCGAGGGAGAGGGAGAGGGAGAGAAAGAGAGCAAGAGAGCGAUGAACAAGGAAUGUGCCACUAAUAAGAAACCGGAGCGUCGCUGAGGACGCAAGAGAGGAGGGCAAAAGAGGGAACGGCUGAAGAAAAACGACUAGAAAUGCGCUAAAAAGUAGCGAAGGGGGGCGAAAAGGGGCAAUACACAGCCGACACGUGAAUGGAAGGAUUAUAAUCCACCGUUGGAGGGAUUUUGACGCUCCCCAUGCGGAGAUUUGAACCAUGCAGGGACUGCUGCUGCUUCUGAGUUUGGCGUUGAGUUUUCACAGAGUGCGGACGGCGCGGUUCUCUCAGGAGCCUGCAGACCAGUCAGUGGUUUUGGGCCAGAGGGUGGUCCUGUCCUGCGUGGUCUUCAACUAUUCGGGCAUUGUGCAGUGGACCAAGGAUGGACUGGCCUUAGGCAUUGGAGAAGACCUCCGGGCCUGGCCGCGGUAUCGAGUGUUGCGGCUGGUGGAUGUUGGGCAGUAUAAUUUGGAGAUCUCAGCUGCUGAACUCUCAGAUGACUCUCUCUAUGAGUGCCAGGCCACGGAGGCAGCGCUGCGCUCACGACGGGCCAAACUCACCGUCCUCAUUCCUCCUGAUGAGCCGGUGAUUGAGGGGGCCCCGGAGAUCCUCCUCACAGCAGGGGUCCCAUACAACAUGAGCUGCGUGUCCCGCGGAGCCAAACCCGCCUCUGUCAUAGAGUGGCAGAAAGACGGCCUGCCGAUAGAGGGGGCCGUCAGCACCACGGAGGUGCUUCCAGACAGGAAACGCGUGACCACACGCAGUUACCUGCCCAUUUCACCAGUAGAUACAGACACGGGGAAGAACUUCACCUGUGUCGCUACUAACCUGGCCGUGCCGAUGGGCAAACGGGCCACUAUCACCCUCGAUGUGCACCACCCACCGGUGGUGACGUUAUCCAUUGAGCCUCGCUCUGUAUUGGAAGGAGAGAGAGUGACCUUCACCUGCCAAGCUACUGCCAACCCACUUAUUAUGGGUUAUAAGUGGGCAAAGGGAGGUGUGGUCAUACAGGGGGCGAGAGAGAGUGUUUUUGUCACCAAGGCUGAUCACUCUUUCUUCACUGAGCCUGUGUCCUGCCAAGUGUUCAAUGCUGUGGGCAGCACAAACGUCAGCAUACUCGUCGAUGUCCACUUUGGCCCUAUCCUGGUUGUGGAGCCUAAACCAGUAACAGUGGAUGUAGACUCAGACGUCACUUUAAAUUGCAAGUGGGCGGGAAAUCCUCCCCUCACACUAACCUGGACAAAAAAGGGUUCAAGCAUGGUUUUGAGUAAUAAUAACCAGCUCUAUCUGAAGUCCGUUAGUCAGGCAGAUGCUGGUCAGUAUGUGUGUAAGGCCAUCGUGCCUAGGAUCGGAGUCGGCGAGACAGAGGUCACACUCACUGUCAACGGUCCUCCCAUCAUCUCAAGUGAACCGGUCCAGUAUGCAGUUCGAGGGGAGAGAGGGGAAGUCAAGUGUUACAUUGCCAGCACCCCUCCUCCUGACAAGAUCGUGUGGGCAUGGAAGGAAAAUGUGUGGGAAAAAGAGAAGGGGACCCUAUCAGAACGAUACACAGUGGAACAGAGCAAACUGACCACACAGGGCGGUGCGGUGCUGUCCACCCUCACCAUCAACAACGUCAUGGAGUCAGACUUCCAGUCCACAUACAACUGCACUGCAUGGAAUUCAUUCGGACCUGGGACCAUGAUCAUCACACUGGAAGAGACUGAAAUAGUGCCAGUGGGGAUCAUUGCAGGAGGCACCGUCGGCUGUUCGAUUCUGCUUAUCCUGUGUUUGCUAGCGUUAGUGCUGUUUUUGUAUCGGCAACGCAAAGGAAGUCGUCGCGGGGUCACGCUUGGCAAGCCAGAUAUCAAGGUAGAGACCAUAAACAAAGAGACCCACAGUCUGGAGGAAGACUCUGGGAGCGUCUCCACUGCAACACGCAUGGUGAAGGCCAUGUACUCUUUUUUACCUUCUGUGACCCUCUCUCCCUCCUCCCAGCCUUUUAAAGAUGACAUUGACCUCAAACAGGAGUUACGCAGUGACACGCUGGACACACGCCAGGACUACGAGCUCAAGGACCCAACAAACGGCUACUACAACGUGCGAGCUUCCACCCAUGAUGAGGGACGUCCCGCUUCCCGAUCCAUGCACUACUCAGACUAUCGCACCUCUGGACAGCCAGGGGGCGCUGCGGCCGUUGUGAGCAGUAGCUCAGGAGCUCCCGGAGCUACGGCAGGUCCAGGAACACCGAGCAGCUUGGCUCCGGGAUCACGAGCGGGCUGCUACGACCCUCGCCCUCCCUCCAGACUCUCGCACAACAGCUACGCCCAAUUCAACACGUUCACCCGCGCCGGACAGUCCCAGCAGCCUCCGCCCAGUUCUGGCCCACAGACUAGCGACUUCACCGCUGAAUGCAGCCUCUUGGACUCUACCGCUCAGCUCGGAUACGAAAAUUACGGCUACCCGCACUAUCCGACAUUUCGGAUGGGUUUUGGUCCGCCUAGCCUCGCCCCGUUAGAAGGCGGGCCGGCGUAUGAGAUGUACGGAGUCGGGCCGAGCGUCGGCGCAGGAGGCGGAACCGGAACCCCAGAGACUGGACUUGGGAAAUACGGCAGUUCCACACGGUUCUCCUACACCUCCCAGCAUUCCGAUUAUUCCCACCGACACACACAGAGGAUGCAGACACAUGUGUAAAAGAGAAGCAUCACGUGUACGUAACAUAAGUUACGCCGAUAUCGGCCAUAUAAGUACACACACUCACACAGAUACACAGGAUGGAAAUAAUGAAUGAAACGGAGAUAAAGACGGAGGGUGAACAAACAAAGAGAAGCUCAAAGUAAACGGAGGCCGAGAAAUGAGAACGGAAGGCAGGGCAGGAGUGUCUUGGCGUUUAUUUCUCAGCUCCAGGAGCUGAAAGCGAAAGUCACAAUCAAGAAAGACUGGUGUCUAGAAAAGAUCUAAGAUCUUUAUACCGUUCACUAAAUCCUGAAUGCUUUUAAUAAGCAUGAUCACAGAGGUAAUUCCUGAGAAAUGAAGGGUGCCUCUUAUAGGCUUAUAGUCAGAGAUGGUCAUGUGAGAUACAGUACAUGUAUGAAUUCUCUUCAAUGGCUUCUUCAACUUCUCUCCUUAUGCUUAGCUUAGUUUAAAGGGCAUUUAAUGACAAAUUGCACAAUGUACAGUGGGGUCCAAAAGUCUGAGACCACCAAAAUUAUUAUUAUUUUUUUAUUAUUCAAAUUUUGACGUGAACUGAAAAUUUCAGGAAUAAAAAAAUGUGAACCAGGCAAAGCUAAUUGAUUACGUCACUAAUCAAAAGUAAAUUCUUGCUUUCAUUAAAGCCCAAGAUGCUCUUUGAAACGUCCUUAAAUCAUCCUGGAUUACAUGGACAAUCUGUUGAAAAAUCAGGAGAUGUUUUAGACAAACUGCUGAAUUCUGUAUGAUGCAUUUAAGUAUAGUAAUAAUGUGUUUACCAAAUUUAAAUCCAUUAAAGCAAUGGGUCUCAACCAGGGGACUUCCAAGGGGUCUCAAGAUGACUUAAAUGAAUUCUUAAAAUAAGACAAAACAAGUAUUAAAGUAUAAUAAACCUACUAAAAAUAGGAAAGCCAGGGUUCCUGCUGCCUUAAAAACAUGGAUAAUGUAUAAGGUAGCCCAAUUUUAAAAGUGUGAUUUCUAGACCUGGAAAAGUCACAUAAAUUAAUAAAAUCUUAUAACUUUUUAUUUUUAAAUUUUUAUAAAGAAUUACAUUUUUUAAAGAUGUAUUAUCCUUAAUUCACAAACUGAAAAAAUUAGCCAAUUUAUUAGAAAAUGAUUAAACGUUAGAAUAUUAGAAAAGAAGGCUUUUAGACCCCACUGUACACAGUUACCUAUGUCACAAAAUAUAUCUUUAUUUUUCCAUUCAUUCUCAAAUGAAGGUCUGCAUUCGACAAAGGAAAUGAAGAGCACACGAUACUCGUAUAAUACUCUUGAUGACCAAAGCAACGUAUUUUGAGACUAGAUGAUUCUUUAUUAUUUUGUGUGUAAAUCAGCAUCUACCUGGCUAUCCAGCUUGCUGAGCUACCUCGUUAAACAGCGACCAACCGGCGUUACGCUAAUCCAUAAGCAGAGCAGCUGUAUUUGUGCAGAAAGGUCCAACUCGAUUUAAAAAAGCACUUUUUGGCAUUUGCAAUAAAACACAUUACCCUUUAAAUUUUAACAUUAUGACGGAGACAAGUUGAGGAAGCCAUUUAACUGUUUCCAGACAUGGUCAGCGAUAGCCAUUUAGUUCACUAUCCUACAAAUAGUUCAGAACCAUGGAAUAUAUAUAAAUCUAUAUACAUAUUCAUAUACAGGAAUGCCCCACUCUUUUCCAUGGUGCUUUUGUAGUGGGGUCAUUGUUUGCACUGCAUUCCAGUAUUCUAGCUUAGAUUACCCUCAUAAUCGAUAUGUAAUCUCUCAUUUGCACACUAGGCUAGAGCGUUCUCUCUCUAUGUUUCGAAUAUUACCGAAAAUCUUCUUUUUUUGUCAUAUUUCUGUAAGUGAUUCUGGACCAAAGGUUCAACAUUAGAGUAUCAGUCUUUAUUUGGGUGAUAUUCACCUCAACGAACAAGAAAAUAUGCAGAUUUGUUUGUUAUCGUUGUUUGCGAAUUUAUUCGGUCGCGAGUGACCUAGAGUUUUUCUUCUUUUUUUCGUGUUUUUGAGGGUUGGGAACAGUAGAGAAGGUCUUAAACUGAUCCAGCCUUAGGUAUUCAAACUCACCCUUACUGAUCUAAGAUCAGGCUGCUAUCACAUUCGUCUUAAAGGUCAAAUUGGAACUAAUUUAAGGUCAAAGAUCGAGAGUGGUUUUUAACGUGCUAGUAGGACUUUCAUGUGAGGUUUGGGAGCGGAAAGUCUUUCACUCACUUAUUCACACAGACACACACCUGAUAUUUGUGCCAAACGAUUUGAAGUAUUUCGAAAAACUACCUUACGGGGACCAGAGAUGGUCUAUGAACUGUCUUCAACGGGUUUUGAAGGAUGCCAUUAUCAAAGCAAUGAUGACAAAGGAGAAACAUGAGGAUGAAGACAACCCCUCUGAACAGUGAGGUCCUCGCUCUCUGCGACUAGUUUUCGUCUUCGUCCACAUUUCGAACGAGCCUUGUAAAUACUUUCCCAUGUGUAAUUCCGACUUCAAGUAUUAUUUUACAUCAUCCAAUGUGAUGCACUCUUUAAAUGCAGUAUUGUUAUGUUUUCAAUUGCGUGAAGAAGGUUGACAAACACCACAGCGAUGGUACUUUCUGACUCGGUACAGUACAAAGAGGACGAUGAGUAGCUUGGUUGGAGCCAGUACGAUACCAAGGAGGAGGAUCCAGAAACAUCUUGAUGAACCUGCUUGAGCUGCCAAUCUCUCAUCCUUUAUAUUGAUGGCCUGGGGAAUAUCUUGUGGGACAUGUGACCCACUGGACAGUAUUUGCAUUCCCCAUCCCAUCUAAGAACUUGAAGCUCCACGAAGACGAGAAGAAGGAAUUUAUGAAGGAGUGAACAAAAUAAAGAGUGGCCUUAGGAAAACAUGACUUUUAUAUUCCCUCACUUUAUAAACCGGCUUAAGGCCAGAGGAGUGCGUGCAGAUGACGGUAUGUGUGUUUUUGUGUGUGCGAUUGAGCGUGAGUGCGAGUAUAUGAAAAUCUUUAUGUAAUCUGUUCAUUUACUUCUCUCACGUUCCUGCUCCAAUACUUUUCUUCUGCUGGUAGGAGUGUAUCCUGUAUAAUUGUGUCUUAGAAAAUAAACGUUGACUUACUGUACUGUUCUUGGUAGCUGAAAAAAUGUUUGACAGAUGUACAACAAAAGUUAUUGAUUUUUUUUUUUAUUUCCCUUUGAUUUUUUCCAAUAUUUUUUAAAAAUGUUACGUAAUUAUUUUUUCACAGUAUAUCAGAAAUAAAAGCACUG